AAGGAAUGUACGGAAAGAAAACGUGCGAUGUAUUAGGGAAAUGUCAAAAAUGCUGUUCAAAUAUUACGAACCCGUCCGCCAUUAUGGCUUGUAAAAAGCUGGAUACCCUCAAUCCUCAACCGAUUUUGAAGUUAUAUCCAUGAAUUGAUAGAAUCAAUUUUAUUGCAACGAAUCGAAGUCACACUAAACCAAACAGUAAAUAAAUUUUCAUGAUCUGUUUCUACGUUGAAUAGUGCUUUUCCUCUGGUAAUCGGUAGACGCAUGGGCGUAGCGACGGAAGGGGGGGUUUUCGAGGUCCAAACCCCCCCCCCCCCAGAAUAAACUUUGUUAUACACUUUCAAGCUUGAAAUUUCACAGCCAGCUGUUGUUUAGAGCACAGGAAAAUGUACGGGGCUGAUUAAAUACGAUCCCCGUCGGCGUCGUCAACUUAGAGCCGGGGUGGUUCGUGCUGUUUUAAACUCCAUUCAAUUCGAUCUUGGGUUACUCGUUGCCCAUUUCCCAGGCAUCGCCGAUGUCGCGGUUUUAUACUUAAAAAAUAAAAAAAGGUGCUUUAGACCUGGACGAGUCUUCUCGCACGUUGAGUCGUGCCGGUGUCGGUGGGGUUGUUAUACAGAACCGUUUUCUUUACGACGUGUCCGGUUCGCUGUAGUUUACCGACUUUCGCCAAAUGUGCGUUGGUAAUCUUCCCAUUCCCAAGCAGUGACUGUUGCCCUUGAUUCUGCAUCUCCGCUACUCUUCGCUUUCAGCUUGUACUCCGUCAAAUGUCGUCCGCAAAGGCGCGUAAGUCCUCAUGGUUCAGCAUGGUCUUUCGGUCUAACAGGGGGUUUGUACAUUGUCAGGUUCGUGAGGUGGCUUAUGCCUCUUAAUCGCAGCGUUGGGCGAAGGGCAAAGUAGGCUCGUUGUCCUUGAUCUCCUUAUUUCCUUAUCUCCUUAUUUCCUUACCCCACAUACACAAGCUUAUCUACUACUUCUGAUUCGUCGCCGUCAACGAUUACCGUCGGCGAAAAAGCCACGUUCGUCUCAUCUGGGCAGUAUUAACUAAUAUCACAACAUUCUGACCAUGCGUUCAAAAGUUAUCAUCGUUCAUAAACAAGAAUUCCGAAAAAUUUCGAAAAAAAAUUAUGGAGCAAAUAUUCCCUUUUUUACGUUUCAAGAAAAAGGACAUCUAGAACUAAAUGUUUGAUCUCAAAUUUUUCCUAUGAGUAAUUUACAUGCUUUUUUUUAAUUUUGUGAUAUAUUUGAACUGGAAAAAUAUUUGGGUAGAGCGUUAGGCAUGAAAAACUAAAAAGAGAAUUUGGUCUAUUCCAUACCUAGCGGUCCUCGAGAUAAAUAUUUUCCGAUGAAAAUCAACACUCGAGCUUCUUUUGAGUGUACUUUCAUGAUAAAAUAAUCAUUUGCUCGAUCGCAUCGUUUUUACGAUGUUGCCCGUUCGAGGGUUAACGACAGCAAACGAUCAAGAAUUUUCUAAGCAACAUUUUACUCUAAUCAGACUACAUAAAUAUUGCAAACAGCAAAAGUUGAGAUAAUUUCGAAAAUUUGAUAGCUAAAAACCAUACAGCAAACAUUGAACGCGUUUUUCUCGAAAUAACAAUUUUGUCACUUGACUCGGUCCAACUUACCAGCGACCAUUUAAGCCUCAGGGAUGGAAGAUCAGUGAUUUUGAUCAAAUUUGUGAGUUAUCGCGACACGCACAGAUCACGAUCCGUACAGAUCAUGACAAACAGUGAAUCUUCAGCGUUGAUCACAAGAUUUUGUUUUCUAAACAGUCUCAGCAGUCGAUCAUAGUGUUACAUUUCACCUAGCUGCGAUAAAAAAGGUCACACAUGUUGUUUGUAUUGCGAUUCAUACGAUGCACACGACCAAUCUUCUGUAUCUGUUAUAUUUCUCAACGCAAUCAUGCAAUGAACAUGAUCUGAUAUGAGGUUCGUCAUAAUCUGUACUGAUCGUAACAAAGUGUUUGUCGCUUACCAGUAGUGAUGUCAAUGAAUCUAAAUCUGAUUGCUCCUAUGAUCUUGAUCGCUAGAAGCGAUUUUUUUCCAUCCCUGGCCUCUGCCAAUCAUGUAUUUAUUUUUCAACGCGUUGAUUUUAAGCCCAAUCCUCCCAGGCUCCGCUUUCAGUCUAGCACAGAUGGUCUUCGUCGUGGCAAAGUUUCUGACUCCAAGUCACCUGCGUAACCAACUGGCAAAAUUACCAGCUUAACCAAGAAGUUUGCUACCUUUACUGACCUCAAACCUCUCAUUUCGAUAUCUGAUCGUCUGAUCACCUUAAGAGCGCUGUUGAAAAACAUACAGGAAAAGUUGUUUUGCAGCGCCCUCGCUGCGUCUCGAAGAGAUUCAGUUGUAUGGACUAUAACAGCCUCUCCCAGCCGCGAUUCGAACUUACAACGUACCUUAAUGCCGGCUGGGAGGCCAAAAUUUUUAAUCUAUUAUAUCAAUUUGAUUUUUUUGUCUGAUGAAGAACGUUCAAUUUCAACCAAAAUGGCUUUUAACUGAAAAUAAUUCCCCAUUUUCUGAAUAAACUCCUUGCGGUUAUGCUAUAUCAGUUUUUUUUUCUUGUCAAAGGAACAUUUCUGGCUACGCCCGUGGGUUGACGGUACGCGCGAGUUUUCAAAAAGCUGAAAAAUUUGCGCAAAACUUUUUUGCAGUUUACAAAAGAAGAAUACUGAUAAUAAAGCAUUUACAAGCCCGACGCCCACGACCAGAAAACUUAUUCCCGUCAUUUGUUGGUCGUCCGCAACGGCGAAAAGUUCAACGCUUCCCUCGUUGCCUGUGUUAAUAUGGUAUUAACUGAGCAAGAAAAUGUAAUAAACUCUUCAAUCGUUGUGUGAUCCUUAAAAGGACCGAUUGUUUGAUUAUCCUUCUCUUUUCGGUAAAUUGGAGUACCGAUAACCGCAAACCAGGCACGGCUUGUUGCUACGGAGCCUCAGCAGUUUACUCGAUCGACGAAGCCGUUCGUGUGUGGUCAUGAGUCACGAUGAAAUACCAGUCCAGGUGGCCAACAGCAAGUGACGUGGGACGUGGCAUAAUUCUAGUCGUUUUGUUGUCUCGAGCAGCAUAUUUCCCGCCAAUUCCAGAACUUUAGCAGCCAGAUAUUCCAUCACAGCAGCGAGACGAGUGCUCCAGCUUCAUCACGCUCAGCAUACUUUCCUAUCCUCAGCAGCCGAUGAACACGACCAACUGACGACGAUGUGCACCGUAAGGCAAACAAUGUUUCAAAUACAACCUUUAAAAUUAUGCUACGGAUGUGACUCGAAAGCUGCCUGUCCGAUGUGUCACAAGCUAGCUGCUUGCCGAUGUGUCGCCAGCGAAAGCCGCUGACCGACUGACGAUGCGCGGUAAAAGGCAUAGCAGCCAAAACCAUAUCGUUCACUGGCGGAUGAGUCGAUGGAUUCUUCGGUUUGUUGGCGUCUCGCUUGGUGAAUUAUCCGCUUCGUUGCCUUAUCCGGGGAAGCAGCAACAGCUGAAGCUCAACAAUUUUCGAUCGGAUUCUAUAGGGCGUAAAUUAAAUACAAUCAUAAAGAAGCUUAACACAUAGCUCAUAUCGUAUAUAUUUCUGUCAUCCGUGCUAGGGAAGCACUGACGUGGGGGGAAGGCAAAAAUAUGAAAAUAAUUCAAUUUUUCAAUGACGCGCAUUGACAAUCAAUAGCUUUCUAUAUUUUCAAUAUUUUCCAAAUCGAUUUUCCGAUCAAUUGGUGUAAAUAUGUUGGAAAUCUAUUAAAAAUUGACUGAAUUAAAGGCCGAUGCGUGAAAACGCAUUUCUACUUUGAUGACGUCAUUUCCAACAACCAAUCACGACCAAUCGCGAGAAUUCUGGUAAAACAUAGGUUCAUUAUUUUCAAUUUUUCAAUAGUUCAACAUCAAGAAUCCAUACUUUUCUUCAUUUAGGGCAAUUUUUAGAAGAUUUUCCAAUCGAUUGGUGUAAGAAUAUUGAAAAUCGAUCGGGAAACCACAAAGCUAUUAGCGUUCAAAACCUGACCACUUUUCGAGAAAGAUUUUUUGGAAUUACCCCUCAUAUCAGCUACCUUCCUGAAAGACGUCGUCCUACGCCUUGAGAAACACUUAUUUCAAGGCGAUUUGAUAUUGAAAAGUUUCUAAAUUUUAUGAAGCAGGAGGUUUAAGGGUAGUUUUCAGUGAAGUAUCAGUUUCAGUUUUAGUUUAUUGAAACCGGGAACCGUUUUUAAAAAAAAACUGGCUAUUGUUACUUAAACGUUUAUAACUAAUAAAUUAAAUCUUGGAUUAAGAAAUAAAUUCAAAAUGAUUGACUACGAUGUCCUAAUUAAAGUUUACAAAUUAAUUUAACCAUCUCCGGGAAAUAAAAAGUAUUUCAUAAAUUGUAAAAUUUCAACAAUUUUCCGGUAAAAACUACUUAGAAAUAACAUUGGUCAAUAUUUCUGAUCCAAAAUCCUUAUUAAGCGCUUGCGCUACUACCAAACGCACCCCAGCCCAGGCUGCAGCCUGGACGAAGUUGGCGACGAACGAGACGACCGAAGCAAGCAUCGCAUCGUCGCAUAGCGAUUUGCACAAAAAAAAUCAAGUUCGUACACCCCAUCAUUAUUUGUCAUCCGAGCAAAGCUAUAACCAACCAGCAUAUAAUACACGCACAAUAACGACGCGAUCUUUCUCUGCGCAGCGCAUCCUUUGUUCCUGUUCACGAAGUAACAGGAUAAAAGCAAGCAAACAACAUUACAUUACAGUACAGCAACCGCACUUGACUGACUGGACUGGCUGGCUCGUCGUCGUCGGCCGCAGGUGCACAUAAAUGCGCGCAGUGCACCGUUGCUGUUGCCAUGAUGAUGCUGCUGCUGAUGCUGGGCUGGUCUCUCGUCGCUCGAACGAGAAGCAUAAUCGCCCCGAGGGAGAUGCGCGCUGCGCACACGUGUUCGUGUGCAUUGCAUGGCAUAGCGCAUAAGGGAAAUUGUGUCCAUUUAAAAAUCGCUGCUACGUUUGUGUUAGAGAGGAGAUGCAGUAGCAUUGAAACGGACCCGUUUCGGGUAUGAAUGUGUUUGGUUCGAACAAAACAAGCGAGCGAGCGAAUGAAUGAAUGAAUGAAAAUCGCAUUUUUCGUUUCCUUUUUUUAUGGGUUUGGUGAGGUGAGACGUGAUUGAAACCGUCAGCCCUCACCUCACCGUAGCAUAGCAGGCAAGGCACCAACAACGAACGACGAAUGCGAGACGAGACCGAAAGCAUGAAAGCAUAACAGCACAUCGCCGCCAAGGCCUGCUGCGAGUGCGAGUUGUUCGAUGGGAAGUGAAGGGCUGUGGUAUGGGUUGGGAGCCGGAGCAUAUGAGAAAUAAAUCUCGCCAUCUUGAUUUUUUUCCACUCGCUCGCUCUGCCACUGAGCUGACUAGCUGGCUGGCUGGCUGAACUGAACUGGACUGGAUUGACUGCCACUGCCACCAUCAAGUGCCUCAUAUGCCAGUGUGUCAGUGCCAGUGCCAGUGCCAGUGGUUUCGGAGAAGAGUGUAGUCAAUUAGAAGUAGGGUAGAUGCGCUUUUGCUGAUUCCUGGGCGCAGAUUGGAGCCAUUUUUCCGUGGUUGAUCGAUUGAAAAUGGCAAAUUUUGUGUUCAAAAUGUGAUAGUCGAUCGUGCGGGAAUAUCGUGCAAGGCUUGGCCAGUGAUUUUUCGUUGCGCAAAGUGGCUUAAAUAUGGUGUUAUCAACCAGUACCAGUAGUGGCAAUGGCAGCCUAUUUACGGAAGACGAGUAGUUAUUAAAUGGUGGUUUGAGCGUUUUAAUUGCCCGCGGUGAUAAUCGCGUUUAUAAGUGCUCUCGUUUUGUACUCUUCUGCUGUUUUCCGUUCGGCCAGUUGAUUGCAGGCAGUUGAAUGAACUCGAUGAUCUUCAAAAGUAGAGAUCAAUUCUAAUAUCGAACAUCCUGUGCUGCGCGAGCGCUGCCAGAAUUGGGCAAACUGGCCACCUGAAAGGAAAGCAAGCAGUAGGUAAUAAGAAGCGAGUAGGAACGUGUGCGAGUCGUACGCCAAAAAUCUAAUUGGAUAGUCGAUCGAUCGAUCGUUGCGAUCUCAGUGCUAGCGAUUUAAGUAGGUUGAGGGUAUGACGGGCUCUGGUCAUGCCGUGGUGGUAUGGGAGUUUGAGUCUCGAGGCGGAAAAUGGCUACCGUACAGUCCGGCCGUAUCCCAGCAGUUGGAGCGAGCGCACGGGAAAAAGCUGACGCGUGUCCUACUGAGCGAUGCCGAUCCCGCGCUGGAACAAUUCUACGUGAAUGUGCGAACGAUGACACAGUGCUGCGAAGACCAGGAAUUCGCCGUAACCAACGUUCGCCGACACUUCUACAAGCCGAGCUCUCCGGCAGGGAAAGGAACCAAAUGGGAGUGGUGUGGAUCAUCGGGCAACGAUUGGCACAGCUACACCAUGGAGGUCCAGUGCGUGAUCGAAGAAGCCUGGGCCAGAGGUGACCAAACUAUCGAUCUCACAAAAACACACCUCAAUCUGCCGUACACGAUUAACUUUCUGAAUCUCACCCAAAUUCGGCACCAGAAUGGGCCACUGCGUAGCAUCCGGCGGAUACAGCAAGCUCCCUAUCCGUUAGUUAAAGUGCCAAACCAACAGGUAAUCAGCCCGAUUCCGGCCUGUAGUAGCGUGCCAAGUCUUCCACCGAAACCCUCUCACUUGGUCAUGGCACCGUCGCCAACUGCUUGUACAAUUUCACCCACAAUGCAAUCGCAGUCUCCUCAUCCUCCGACGCUUCAGGUCAAAUCCAAAUCGCAACCAGUUUUGUGCAGCCCCGCUGCUGCUGCCAUCCAACAAAAGCGACCCACAAAGACCCUAAAAGCUGCCAAACAGUUGGACAUACCACCGGUAACGCCAACGAAUCUAGCUCGUCAGAUCCUACACAAUCUAAACAUAUUCGGAACCAAGCAUCAGCAUCACCACCACCAUCAACAGCAACCGCUAGGUGCACCGGAGCAUUCGGCAACCGGUGGAGGCCAGUCUGGAUCGAUUCAACAUCCUCAUCCACAUCAUCAUCACCAUCAUCAACAGCAGCUGCUGCUGCAACAGCAGCAGCAACAUCAACAGCAACAACAGCACUUUCAGCCCGGCACCCACCAGCAAUCGCUGCGUAGCCACCCGGCCAAGGGACGUAGUACGAUGGCCUUCCAGCGGCAGCGUAGCAAAUCGCGCAGCCGCGGCGAGUCGCUGAUCGAAACCGACUCGUCCAGCAUCAAUUCCGGACGGAGACCGAGCGUCGACACCGUGUCGACGUAUCUGAGUCACGAAAGCAAGGACAGCAACAGCCGCCGCAGCAACAAUCUCGGAUCGGUAUCCGAUCUGCUGAACUGCUCGAUGGGCAGCGAUGACGUGUUCACUUCGCCGUCGCAACCGAACAUUCCCGGAGCCAUUGUCGGUGUUGAUCCGGCCAGUGACAUGAUAUCACGCUUCGUACGGGUGGUGGAACCACCGCAGUGGCCGCACGCCCAGCCCUGCCCGAUGUGCAUGGAGGAGCUGCGACACAACAAUCUCAACCCGACGGUUUCACUGUCCCGCUGCCAGCAUCUGAUGCAUCUGAACUGCCUGAACGAGUUGAUACUGGCGCAGAAAAAGGACAACCAGAAGACACUUUACAUCGAGUGCCCGAUCUGCAUGUCGGUCUAUGGGGAAAAGAUCGGCGAUCAGCCUCCGGGAACGAUGUCCUGGAUUGUAAUCCCACGCAGUCUACCGGGCCACGAGGGCCAAAAUACGAUCCAGAUUACGUACAACAUCGCGUCGGGCAUUCAAACCACGGAGCAUCCGCACCCGGGCCGGGCCUUCUUCGCCGUCGGAUUCCCCCGGACGUGCUACCUGCCGGAUGGGCUGCUCGGGCGGAAGAUCCUACGCUAUCUGAAGAUCGCCUUCGAUCGGCGGCUGCUGUUCUCGAUCGGCCGUUCGGCCACCACCGGCCGGGAGGACGUGGUGCUGUGGAACAGCGUCGAACACAAGACGCAGUACUCGAUGUUUCCCGAUCCGCAGUACAUGCAGCGCUGCAUGCAGCAGCUGGUGCAUCUCGGAGUGACGGAUUGAUCCCAUCCGAUCCGAGUGAAACUGACUGACUGCGAACGCGAUAAGCGAUAAGACUGUAGUUUAGUGGUGUGGCAGCUGGCACUGGAUUUUUGUUGAGAAUGAUUGACUGUUAGUGAAGUGAAGUCUUCCGCGAUUUUAGAAGCAACAAUCGUCUUCCUUGAUAGUUGGUGAGAAUCGCACAAUAUUUUAAUCCUGUUUGCAUGUAUCAGAUUUUAUAACAAAACUCACUUAGAAGCGAAAGCAAAAGAAAAAAAAACGAAACAACUAGAAGAAACUAGCAAGUGCCAAUAUACCGAGUUCAGCGUAAUUUUAGGAAAAUUGUUGAGCGCCAGAAAUGAAUCUCUAAGAGGUUAUGAUCAUUUUCGCUUCCAACAACGUGCUAAUCAAUUAGUAGAACAAACGAAGUGAGCAGCUCGUAUAGUUAGAUAAGUUUAUGAUAGUUCAAAGAAAUCAUCUUUCUUCCAAUUUAUUUUUAGUCCGGUAAGACUUGUACUUUACCCGCGUUUUAAUUCCCAUUCCAGAUGUACAAAGACCCGUAGAAUGCCUGCGGCAUUUACAACACCUAGCUUGAUAAGUUUAACGUGCGUAGUGUUUAUGUUCCUUCAGAGUUUUAGCGCGUGUACGCGCAUUCCAAAUUUUAUCGUUUUAUUAUUUUUCUCUUGUAAAAAAAAAUAAAUU